AUGGACUUUUACAAACUCCUCAGUCUCGACAAGGGCGCCUCAGACCGCGAGAUCAAGAAAGCCUACCGCACCCUCAGCAAGAAAUAUCAUCCUGAUAAGAACCCUGGUAAUGAAACCGCCUCCCAACGCUUCGUCGAAAUCGCCGAAGCCUACGAAACCCUCACCGACCCGGAACUCCGCAAAAUCUACGACCAGUACGGACACGAGGGGCUCGCGCAGCACAAAUCCGGUCGCGGCAGCCCGGGCAAUGAUCCCUUCGAUCUCUUCUCGCGCUUCUUCGGCGGCAGCGGACAUUUUGGCCAUUCCCCGGGUGUACGGCGCGGGCCGGAUAUGGAGGUGCGGAUACAGAUCCCGCUGAAGGAUUUCUAUACGGGGCAGGAACACGAGUUUAGUCUUGAGAAGCAGCAGGUUUGCGAGGAGUGUGAGGGGAGUGGGAGCGCGGAUGGGACGAAGGAUACGUGUGGGCAGUGUGGGGGGAGGGGGGUGGUGGUGCAGAAGCAUAUGUUGGCGCCGGGCAUCUUUCAGCAGGUGCAGAUGCAGUGUGAUAAGUGUGGGGGUAAGGGGCAGGUUAUCAGGAAGCCUUGUAAAGUGUGUGGAGGCAGUCGGGUUGUGAAGAAAGUGAGUAGUCAUGUUUUGCAUGUGGAGAAGGGGGUGAAGAAGGGGAGUCAUGUGAUUUAUGAGAAUGAGGCGGAUGAGAGCCCGGAUUGGGAGGCGGGCGAUUUGGUGGUGCAUGUCAUGGAGGAGGAGCCGGGGAUGAAAGAGGAUAGGGAGAGGAGUGAUGGGGCGUUCUUUAGGAGGAAGGGGAGGGAUUUGUUCUGGAAGGAGGUGCUCAGUUUGAGGGAGGCGUGGAUGGGUGAUUGGAAGAGGAAUUUGGUGCAUUUGGAUGGGCAUAUUGUGAGGCUUGGGAGACAGAGGGGGGAGGUGGUGCAGCCAGGGCAGGUGGAGAUCGUUGAUGGGGAAGGAAUGCCAAUUCCGACGAGUGAGCAGGAGAGAGAGAAGGCUGGGGAAGAGGAGUAUGGAAACCUGAUCGUAGAGUAUACGGUCGUGCUUCCAGAUCGUAUUGAAAAGUCUAUGGAGAAAGAAUUUUGGGGGACAUUCGAGAAAUGGCGAAAAAAGAUUGGCGUCAAUUUGGAUGAUGAGCUGGGAAGACCUCCGCCAGAGAAGGCCGGGGACCAGCAUAGGGAAUUGUAA